ACGCAACCUCUGGUGUUUUUGCUCUCAUCACAGUUGCGCUGUUCUCAUCGUGAGUUGUGUUAUUUGGAAAGAAAAAGUUCCCGAUUUCACUUUGUCACUUCCAAUUCUACUAUUGUAUCCACGUUGUUUUCCACUUCUCCUAUUCUGAACUCCACAUCCAUGCGUAAGUGCAAAAUUUUUGUCGGUUCGUCACACCCAGAGUUGGGCCGUCUUGUUUGCGAGAGAUUGGGUGUUGAGCCUGCUCCUUGUACUUUGAAGAAGUUUUCCAACGGAGAGACUUCCGUCCAGAUUGGUGUUUCCAUCAGAGAUGAGGAUGUCUAUAUCAUCCAAUCAGGUUCUCCUGAAAUUAACGACCAUAUCAUGGAGUUGUUGAUUUUGAUCUCGGCAUGUCGUGGCGGCUCAGCCAAUAAGAUAACGGCAGUUAUUCCCCAAUUUCCUUACUCUAAACAGUCCAAGAUGAAGAAGCACAGAGGAGCCAUCACAGCCAGAAUGUUGGCCAACUUAUUAGUCAUGGCUGGUGCCGACCAUGUAGUUUCUAUGGACUUACACGCUUCACAGAUGCAAGGUUUUUUCACCAAACCUGUGGAUAACUUGUUUGGUGCUCCAACUUUAGCGAGAUGGAUCCGUCACAACAUUCCAGACUGGGAAAGUGCAGUAGUAGUAUCCAAGAAUCCUGGCGGUACCAAACGAGUAACAGCUUUGGCCGACUCCUUGAAGAUUAACUUCGCCAUGAUCCACACAGACAGACGUAGAACGCAAGAUGGAUAUGCCAGAAGAAAGGCAUUGAAGAACUCGUUCCGUAAAAACGACGACGACGACGACGAAGAAGAAGACAACAUCGUCUCUGAAAUUCAGACUGCUAGAAUUGUCCAGGGGCAUGUUGUAAAUGAUGACUAUCCUGUCUCCAACGGUACAUCGAACGGCAUCAAGGAUAACUCAGACCUGUUGGACAAGACUUCUAUUUUGGACAGCGAUGUUUUGGGAGGCUCAUACGAUGCUGCCAACUCCGACGACGAAGAUGAGCCUACCUCUAUCAACCAAGAAAAGUUGAUUACGCUAGUGGGAGACGUGAAGGACAAGGUAGCGAUAAUAUUGGACGAUAUGAUCGACAAGCCUUCGUCGUUCAUUGCUGCUGCUGAACAUUUGAGAUUGAACUGUGGAGCCAAAGCUGUCUAUGUAGUUGGAACCCAUGGUGUAUUCAGCGAUUUGUGCUUGGAAGAGCUCACCAAUAGCAAAUGUAUUGACAAGAUUGUUGUUACUAACACGUACCCUAUCGGCAGAGAAAGAAUGGAGAAGUACAAGAGCAAAUUGACUGUGAUUGAUGUGUCGCCCAUUUUCGCCGAGUGUAUCAGAAGAGAUCACUUUGGUGAGUCAAUUUCGGUUCUUUUUGACUCGUUGGCUGCCAUCGAGUAGAACCUUUUGAGAUGAUGAGAUGAGAACCUCGGUUGAAUCGAGAUGCCGAACUACUGUGCUUGCAGGUACUUUAUUACUACAGGUGCUUUAUUACUGCAUGAUAUUGUGCUAUCUAGUUUACAGGAGAUUAUUUAUCGUGAAUUUGAAGUCACAUAGUU